AUGCCGCGGUUCUACAAGUGUCUGACAGUAUGGCAGGAUAGCAUCUCACUGAUGAGAGCUGGGUGGAAGGCCACGUUCAAUGAUGAGGGGUUCUCGAGUGCUGCCGUUCUCAGAGCAGGUGACUUGGGUGCAGUGGUCAUGCUGCGCAUGUGCCGGUCUUCCAAGGUCUCGCUGAUGUUGAUGUCGAUAACAAUGAGGGCCUCCACAUUCUCUACAUUGCCCGCGUGGUCAGUCGUCCCCAUCAGAGCGACGGGUGCUAACCGAUCUGACCAUGCCACCACAUUAGGACCACCCCGAGCACCCAUCUAUGUGUGCAAUACCCCAGACUAUCCAGACCGAUCUCUUCCCGGAAACAUGCAAGUUGGUGAAUACAGUCUUGUAUCUCAGAUAGACCGUGUACUGGGUAGUCAUCAGAGAGACCAGAAACUCGAACGGGUUCGUGCAUCCCUGAAGGCAACGGACGUUCCCCAAGGCAUCCUUGAUCCCAGAAACGAGGACUUGGGUGGUGUGCCGGCGAAGAUAGCGGCGUGUUCGACCAUGGUGGGGGUCCAGGCAUCGGAGGGCUCCAUGUCAGGAGAUGAGGAAUGGAGGGAGAGGGAGCUGAGUUCGGAUUCCCAGGGUUGUUCGAGAGUGGGUGGAGUGCAUACGGACGAUGAGGAUGGUGGAUGGUGUGAGGAUGACCUGCAUGCAAUGGUCGUACUCAUUUUGGAGGGGUCGUCACUCAGAGCUAGGUCGUCGGCUGUGAGGGUAACUGGGCGGAUGGUCGGAGUCAAGAUGGAUGAAUGCAUACCCAUCCAAGAUGCUCGCUUCAGAUUUACGUUCUGCAUUGAGUUUCAACCCGGUGAACAACGCGCUUCUUGGGGACCACUCUGCGGACUGGUACCUGCAUCCAAUAACCCAGACCAUAUAGGUGGGAGCUGGGAGCCUUGGAGAGUUGCGGAUAUGGAGGAUCUGGAGAAGGUGGUCUCAGGAGGAGGAGAGCCAGUGGGAGGUGGAUUGGUAGGCGUGGCACAUGUGGUACUCGAGAUCGGCUUCAUCACAGGAAUUAGGUUCUCACUGUCAGUGACGUGUGCUGGGACAGGGGGGGGGAGGGGCGUCUUACCUGGUGUAGUCAUUUCCCACACUGCCACCCAUAAAGCCCACCCAAUUAAACUGCAGCAUCAACCUCAUCACUAUUGGCCCUAUCCUUUCGUCCCUUCCUAUACCACCUACAAAGGAGACGAAUCUUCAUCACGAAAAUAUGCACCUGUGAGGAUUUCUCAUGUUCUGGCUGGCCUUGAAGCACUGGGCAUGGUUAUCUAA